AUUAACCUACCAUUUCUUUUCUUAGCUGCAUGUAUCCCAUUCCCAACAUGCUCCGCCAGAAACGUCUUCUUCUCCUUUCCCACAUUCUGAUCGCAACCAUCGCCGCCCCGCCUGAUUUCUUGCACUACCUCUGCGUAAACACCGGCCAUACCACGUUUAACACGGGCCAUACCACGUUCCAGAAGAACCUCGACAUCCUCCUCCCUUCCCUUUCAUCCAACAUCGAUAAGCAUGGGUUUUACAGCUUCUCUAACCGGGGGGCUUACGCAAUGGCGCUCUGCAGAGGAGACGUUCCGCUGGAAACUUGCCGCAGUUGUAUUGACGACUCCACCAUGAAGCUCACUCAAGUCUGUUCAAACCAUAAGGAAGCAUUCGGAUGGUACGAUUACUGCAUGCUCCGUUACUCAGACAAGUCUAUGGAUGGAAUUCUGAUCAGUAUGCCAGAAGAUCGGAUUUUCUACAUGUGGAACGUCAGUGAUCGAUCGAGCGUAGCGGAUCAUAAAUUCAACCAGACGCUGGCAAGCUUGUUGGACAGUCUACGGGGUAAGACAGCUUCUGGUGGCGAUCGCCUGAAAUUUGCCACGGGGAUCGCCGUUGUUCCAGACUUUGGUUGGAGUAUCUAUGGGCUUAUGCAGUGCACGCCAGAUUUGUCCGAGCAGGAUUGCGUGGAUUGCUUGGUUAAGGCUGCCGAGAGACAAGAUUGUUGCGCCGGGAAGGUGGGAGGGAGAGUUGUCGGACCCAGCUGUAAUUACAGGUUUGAGAGCUACCGGUUCUUCAACGACACUCCGGCGCCGCCGACCGACACACCGUUGUCCUCAUCAGUUAGCAAGACAGAAUUAUUAUAUUCAAGAAAAAGAAGAAAGCUUUCUUUGAUAGAUGUCCAUCUCCGGUCACCAUCACCUGCCGAUGCACGGCCAUCCUCGCCAGGAAACGAUUAUACAAAAAUCGUCGUCCUUAUUGUUGUUGUUUCGACUGUGUGUUUUGUGCUAGUACCCCUCGUUGUUUUUUGCUUUCCGUUGAUGAGGAGCCUGAGAAAGUCGCAGCACAGAUUUGGAUUUUGGGAAGUUAUCAAUGAAUAUGGACCCAUGGACGGCAUUAGCAUCCCAGAAUCCUUGCAAUACGACUUCGAUACUAUUUGUGUUGCUACAGAUUAUUUCUCCGACAAUAAUAAACUUGGAAGAGGUGGUUUCGGAGUUGUUUAUAAGGGUAAGUUUCGUAAUGGACAAGAAAUUGCUGUGAAAAGGCUGUCCUUGAAUUCCAUUCAAGGGGAACUAGAAUUCAAGAAUGAAGUUAUGCUACUAGCUAAGCUUCAACAUAGGAAUUUGGUCAGGCUUCUUGGUUUUUGCUUGGAGGGUACAGAAAGGCUUCUUGUCUACGAGUUUGUGAACAACUUGAGUCUUGAUCACUUCUUAUUUGAUCCUAUGAAACGUAGAUAUUUGGAUUGGGAAACACGUUACAAGAUCAUAGAGGGCAUUGCUCGGGGAAUUUUGUACUUUCAUGAAGAUUCAAGACUUAGGAUAAUUCAUCGAGAUCUUAAAGCUAGCAAUGUUUUGUUAGACGAAGAGAUGAAUCCCAAAAUAUCAGAUUUUGGUAUGGCAAGAUUGUUUAUGAUGGAUCAAAGUCAAGGGGAUACAAGUAGAAUUGUUGGGACUUUUGGAUAUAUGGCUCCAGAGUAUGCAAUGCAUGGGCAUUUUUCAGUAAAGUCAGAUAUAUUUAGUUUUGGUGUCUUAAUUCUAGAAAUUAUUACUGGCCAAAAGAACAACUCUUUGCAACAAGGCGAGAAUUUAGAGGACCUUUUAAGCAAUGUUUGGAAGGCUUGGAAUGAAGGGAUAGCUUCAAAUUUGAUAGAUCCCAUGUUAAGGUCUAGUUCAAGUUCAACAUGUGAGAUGAUAAGAUGCAUCCAUAUCGGUUUGCUAUGCGUUCAAGAAAAUGUUGCAGAUAGACCAACCAUAGCUUUGCUUGUUCUAAUGCUUAAUAGCUCGUCUCUCCCCCUUGCAACUCCUUCAAAGCCGGCCUUCUUUAUGCACUGUGGUAUGAAUCUAGAGAUGCCAGUGCUCCAAGAAAAUAGUUCUAGUUUUGCAGCAACAACUGAGUCUAAUAAUUCAAAAAACAAAUAUGUCCUUUCAUCAGUCAACGAGACUUCAAUUACUGAGGUAUAUCCUCGAUGAUUAUUGGGGUUGUCAUUCCACCGGUGAACUUACGUGCAUGAGUUCAUAGAAGUUGGCCUUGUGAAACAAAAAGCUUCCUCGUAAAUUGUUACCAAUAACUCAAUGUAGAAGAUUACGUUUAUAGAGAAGUUGAUGAUUGAUCUCAACUCUCAAAAUCAAGAGUCAUUUCUGUAGUAUAUAUAGAGGGAGAGAAGUAACUUUACUUUUUUA